AUGGGUUGGGUGGUUCACAGGUUUGAUAGCUUGUGUAUCGGGAAGUUUGGUGCAGGGAUUGUGGAGGACAUCAUCAAACCAGGAGUAUUAAAUAAUCGACAGGUUGUUGUGUGUUCUGCGAUGCAGAUGGGAGGUGGCGCGGACAGAAACAUGACUCGCCAGUUAAAAUCGGCGGUCGAAGCUUCGUUAACUCACCAGUCCGAAGAGUACUUAGCACUCUUUGAGACUAUCGAAGAAGACCAUAUUCGGAUGGCCAGCGAAUUGAUAAACUCGGCGGAGAGACUGGAACAUCUCAAGGAAGAGAUCAUAGAUGAAUGUAACCUGGUUACAAGAUUGAUAGGAGCUUCGCAGAUACUUGGCCAGAUGAAUCCUAGGGCAAAGGAUAUAAUCCUUGGUGUCAGGGACCGACUAAGCUGCAUAUUGAUGACCUCGAUUCUGCAAGACCGAGGCAUUUACUGCGAGUACAUCAACCCGGAGGGGAUUGUCAACAGUUCAUACCCCGGGAAAAACGUACUAGAUCAGAAGCUUUGUGAUUUUGUCAGUGAAGAAUUAACAAAGCAAGUACAAGAAUGCGAGCGUAAAACCAUUGUGGUUACUGGGUACUUUGGUAAUAUGCAAGGCGUUACCGCUGGAAGGGACUAUGGCGACCUUACUGCAGCAACGUUGGCAGUUGGAUUAGGGGCAAAUGAAUUGAAAAUAUGGAAAGAGGUGGACGGGAUCUUCACAGCCGACCCAAAAAUAUGCUCGACCGCUCAAUUGAUACCUGUCGUAACGUCAGACGAAGCUGCAGAGAUGUUGCAGUAUGGAAUACAGAUGAUACACCCAUUUGCGAUGGAACUGGUUGCUAAGGCCAGCAUUCCGAUCAACUUUAGGAACAUUCACAACCCAAAAGGCAAUGGAACUGUCGUUUCCGACGAUGUCGCUGCUAGUUUUGGGAAUAAGCUUCAAAAAAUCCUCCCAAAAGCACCGACAGCUAUCACCAUCAAGGCCGGCAUUGCUGUGCUUAGCAUCAACUCGAAGAAAAGGCACAUAUCAUGUGGAUUUUUCGCCACUGUGUUCUCAAUUUUGAACAAACACGGCCUCAUGGUAGACCUUAUUUCUACCUCAGAAACGCAUGUCUCGGUGGCCCUAGGCUCGAAAUUUACUGAGGAACGUUUGAGGGAGGCGAUCAAAGAGCUCAAGCAACACGGAAAUGUCGAAUUAACCAGGCACCUUGCGAUUGUCUCCUUAAUUGGCAGACAGAUGAAGCGUCUCGUUGGCGUUGCUAGUUGCAUGUUUUCUACAUUGGCAAAGGAGGGUGUGAAUGUUGAGAUGAUCUCACAGGGAGCAAGCGAAAUCAAUAUUUCCUGCGUGAUCAAGUUGGAAGACGCUGUUCGUGCCAUGAGCGUCUUGCAUACUAAGUUAUUCUUGCAUAAGAUGGAUUUCGGGCCAAGUGCAAGUCAGAAAUGCGCUAUCAACUACGAUUCUUAG